UCGAGAAGUAUGCUCUGAUCCGCUUCGUCGUAACAUAAAUGUUCUGAUCUGACGCUUGUCGAACCCAUAAGCAGCUAAAGCGCAUUCCUGUAAUUGUGUUUUACUGCUUGCACAGAAUCAGUUGCCCUUUAGGUAUUCCGGUUAAAUAUUGUAUGGAUUUUCUGGUUAUGAAAAUGCAUGAAAGGAACUGCGAAAAAGACGACGGCCAUUUAUGCAUGCGCGAAACUACGAAAACGAUCUUCAGGUAAGCACAACUACCUGUACCGUAGCAGAAUGUUCUUUUUCUGUAAAAAAUCUGUUCAUUUUUUGUACUCGUAUCAGUCGUAUGCAUAUUCCAUUAUUCCAUUUGCAAGGGAAUGCAGCUACCGCUUGGAACAAAGACCGAUUUCUACUACAAAAAUUUUGCAGAUAGUGUAUUAACAUAAUUUGGCAAUGUACGUGUCAGUAUAAUUAAAAUGUGUUAUGCAUUGCACUGGGUACAGUUUUAUUUACAUGGCUGAUGGCAUAAUAAAUUAUACUAACAUCUGCUACGAUGGUGAGGUACGAUAAAGGGUGAGGUAGUCAAUACUAUUAUAUUUAUCACAGACAAUCAGCAUUAAUUAAUUGUAACGCAAAUGCAGUUUGCUCCGUUUUAUGUGAAAGGAGCCGGUAUAUUGUUUUACAGUAAUUAAUUUUGAUAUGUAUGUGUUUGACUUCGCGCGCAGUACGUACUGUUGCUGUUGCUUGAUGUCCAUCUAAUUCGUAUUCUGAUAAUUUAUUAUAGUAUAACAGUUUUUGAAUAUUUUCGCAGUUGUGGUUACGUUUAUAAUUUGCGAACGCACAAUGAAAUUAGCUGGAAUUUUAGGAUACCAAAAUAAUGAAAUCGUACUAAUUUAAACAAUAAACGACUGCGAGCCGCGGACAGCUGAUUGUGAAUGAUGAUCAUGACUUGUGAGUUGCGCACGCAGGUGCAGUGCGUGCAUUCUCCGCCAUCAUCAGGUGACGCUUAUAUUCACAAAAUAAUUAUAAUCAUUACACUUAUAGUGCCUACCGCUGCUUUGCAUGCUCACUCACGGCGCAGAGUAGAAUUAGGAACAACAAUGCAAAAAAGUUUUUCUUUAGGUGUAUGCUUAUUAAUUGUGGUCAGUGCAUAUAGCAGGCACAAGAGUCGUACCAUUUACGGAUUAGAAUUCACUAGGUUUUUAUCCUCCAAGAUGGAUAAGCCCCAUGAUCAGAACAUUGUCCCGGUUUUUCGUAUUGCCCUGGAAGGAGGCGUCGGAGCUGGAAAAACUGAAAUUUCGCGUUGUCUUGAACGAUACAGACCAUUUUGGAACAUCAAUAAAGAGCCAGUCGAGCGCUGGAGGAGCUGGGGUCCGAGCAAGAUUGACUAUCUGCAGCGCUUUUAUGAUAACAAGUUGGACAGCAAAAUCGGACGGGAACUGCAGUUCGUCAUCAUGGACAGCUAUGCGGAGCUAUAUGCCAGUGAGCCUUCCACAGUUCAGAUCCAUAUUUACGAAAGGUCUCCUUUGUCGGCGGCCCGCAUCAUUUCCGCAGCUAAUCACAAGCGGGGCUACACGAGUGCAGACGAUCUGCAGGUUAUCCAAGAGUAUUACGACACUGGUGUGCGCUCCGGUUAUCUGCCCAAAAUGGAUGGGACAAUCUUUUUGCGCGCACCGCCGAAGCUCUGCCGUCAGCGACGCUUGACUCGCGGUGACAAUUUGGAUGUCAGAGGAAACGUACUGAAUCUGGAGUACGAGCAGCACCUGUACGACGCUCACGAAGCCUACUUCAACCCAGAUGGUCGAUUUCCUCGCGGUAACACAUUGGUUAUCGAUGAGACCUACGGCGAAAUGAGUGUGGAAGAAAAGGUUGAAUCCAUCAUUUCGUUUAUCGAAUCGAAGCGCUUCUUAAACGGUACGACUUGUUUGAAAAGUCGCAGGCCGCUGCCUUUUCCCGUUGAUGACGAGUAAGAAGGACUGUGUGGACAGUCCUUCACGACUCUCUGUGCUUUACAAUUCCUUUUAAUAUUCGCUGAAAUAACUUCCGUCAGCGCCUUGUAUGAGUUUGUACGUGUGAUGGAUGCCGUUGCAGACUGACCACAUGUCACCCAGCUAAAGGUCAUGGAUGAGAAAUUAUUGCGCGAACACGAAGGAACGGUAACCUGAGUCCCUGAUGGACUGGAAAUGCAUUCCUUAUGCUGUACAGUUUAUGCAACAAAAUGUAAUUAGCUGGGUAAUAGAUAACUGCGCUGUUUUGUUUUUAAAUUCAUGAUACGGUGUUAGGGCUUUUCCAAAUUUGAAUGGGUUGUACGGAUCGUUACCUAUUACGUUUGGGAUUUUAUAGUGUGUCAGAGCUGGGUAUAAUUAUUGUCGUUAGAUAAAUCUUAGGGUGUUUUUUGCUCAAGCUCUGAUGGUGUUCUUAUUUUUUAUUUUUCAUUGAUUUGACAGUUGGCUGAUUGAGAAAUGGUCAAGAAGUGAUUUCGCUCAUA